AUGUUUGAUGACACAAAAUUGACAAGCAUAGAUGGAUUUAAAAAGAUAUCUGAUGAGUAUAUUGAGGUUAAUUGUGGUUGUACGAGCAAAAAGUACGGCGACACAAUGGGAAUAUUGAGGGUUUUUAAUGAUGGGCUAUUCGUCAUCAAGUGUCAUUGCAUACCAGAAUGCAAGAAUGUGACUCCGUACGAGUUCGAGAAACAUUCGAGGAGAGAAGGUGCCCGAAAAUGGACGAGCCAUAUUUGGGUCAUAAUUGACGGUAAGAAAGUCCCUCUUUUGAAAACUGGUCUACUGAAGUACUACAACCAUGCGGCGAACGAGGACAACACUAAAGACAUGUACGGUUCUCGCGGGAAACGAGUUUUCCAUCGCGAUGAGUUCAUCCGCUGCUCUCAGUGCUCCAAAGAACGAAGAUUCAACCUCAGAACCGAGAUGGAUUGUCGCGACUAUCAUGAUGCUCUAGCAUUGGAGAAAUGGAAGUGUUCAGACAUGCCAUAUAACAAAAUAACAUGCAACGAUGAGGAGGAGCGGAAGUCUCGUAAGGUAUUCAGAGGGUGUCCUCGUUCGGCGACAUGCAAAGGUUGCACCCGUUGCGUUUGUUUCGGUUGCUUCAAAUGUAGAUUUUUUGACUGUGAAUGUCGGGAUUGCAUGGAUUUCAUGCAAAAUUCGGACCCGUAG